AUGGUAUGAUAUGGCAUCUUUCCAUAAAUAUUUAGUCGUUACAGUUGUAAAAACUAUACCUAAAACAUCUCUAAAGACACUGUUGAAUGGCUUCCUGGUGCUAAUCGGGCGUUGUCAGUUUAGCAUGAUACAGAGUGCGAGGACCAUCUAUGGUUAGGACUCUUUGUGUGGCAGAUCAUGUUUGUAACCUUUGUGAAAGUUGCUUCCCUUGAAUUUGGGUGUCACAUCUUUUGCUUUUUAUGCCACUGUUGACUUCACGGUUCAGUUAAAUCGUGCUGGUGCUAACUGAUGUUGGUGUUUCUCAGGCUGAGGUGGAGGAAACCCUGAAGAGGAUCCAGGGACAGAAAGGGGUCCAGGGGAUCAUCAUCGUCAAUGCAGAAGGUGACACAACCAAAACAACAUUCAGAGUUAUUUUUCUUCCAUCUUAUCCUCACUAAAGCUGGUCCCAAAGUCUAGGGUCUUAAUGCCAAUAAUUAAUUUAAUUAUCAAUAUUUUCCUGAUUACUUCUUACAACAAAUUUUAAGUGACAGAAUAAAGAUGUGCUGUCAACUCAGCCAUAAAAUACAACCUCAGUCCCCUAAGAAUUGGGAUGUUGUGUAAAAUGUAAACACACACACACACACACACACACACACACACACACAUAUAUAUAUAUAUAUAUAUAUUUUUUUUUUUUAUGGUUUGAUUGAUGGUUUGCAUAUUACCAGUGGGCUAUAUUUACAUGAAAAUCGUGAUAAGACAUCAGAUCAAAUGUUGAAACUUACGAUGUUUUGGAAAGAGCUAAUUUUAAAGCUGCCAAAAAAAGUUGCAAAUUAAAGCUCCAGUGAGGAACUCUUUGUCUGUAUUGACUCUGGCGCCCCCUCUGGACAAAGCGAUAACCCUUUUAAUGUUGCUGAGUUUGUCUUAUCCUUGCGAAAAUGAUGGCUGUAUGUUUCUUGUCUCUCCACUUUUGUCAAUGAAAAUAAGUUAUAGAUAAUUUCUAAAACAUUAAAAAUAGCAUCCAAAGUAUUAAAAGCAGAUAAGUGGUUGAAGAUGGAUGGAUGGAUUAUAUUUCAAUCUACACUGCUCAAAAUACAAAGGGAACACUAAAAUCACACGUCCCAGCUCUCAAUAAAUGAAACAUACCAGUUGAAAAUCUAUAUUGAUACUGUAGUAUAAUCAAUUAAGAAUAAAAUAACAUAAGAAAGAUCAAUGGAGACUAAAAUUCAUGGACUCACCGAGGACUGGUAUGAACCAUCUUGAUGGGAUCAAAUCGAAAUCACAAGCUGAUCCAGCUUCUGUAAAUUUCCUUAACCCAGCUCAUCAUGUGGCUCAGUAGUGUGUUUGGCCUCCUUGUGCCUGUAUGUGCUCCUACAACUUUUGAGCAUGCUCUUGAUGAGCCAACUUGUGGUCUCCUGGGGGGGGGGGGGGUCUCCUCCCAGACCCAGAUCAGGGCAUCAGUCAGCUCCUGGACGAUAUCAGGUGUGACGUGGUGGCAGCAAUGAUCCAUGGUGUCCCAGAGGUUCUGAUCUGGAUUCAGGUCUGGGGAACAUGUAGGCAAGCCAAUAGCAUCAGUGCUUUCAUCAUCACACUCCAGCCAUAUGAGGCUUGGCUUUGUCAUGCACCAGAAAGAACCCAGAGCCCACCAGCAGGUCUGAGGGUGUCAUUGCAGUACUUUACAGCAGUCAGGGUACCUCUGGGUAGCACGUGGGGGUCUGUGUGAAGUAAACCUCUACAGAUAUGCCUCCCCAGAUUGCUAUUGAACCCCUGCCAAACUGGUCAUGCUGGAGGAUGUUGCAGGCAGCAGAAGGUUCUCCACAGUGUCUCCAAACUCAAAUCUGUCUUGUGCUCAGUGUGAACCCGCUCUCGUUUGCAAAGACUACAGGGUGCCAGAGGCCAAUCUGCCAAUUUUGGUCUUCUCUGGCAAAUGUUGAUCAGACCACAUGGUGCUGGACUGUGAGCACAGACCCCUCUUGUGGAUGUUGGGCCCCCGUGCCACCCUCAUGGAGUCAUGUUCUAAAAGUUUGGUCAGAAACAUGUGAACAAGUGGCCUGAUGGAGGUCAUUUGGUGGAGCUCUGUCAGUGCUUCUCCUGUUCCUCCUCGCUCAAAGAAGCAGAUGGAGGUCCUGCUGCUGGGUUGUUGGCCUCCUCCACCUCUCCUGGGGCCUCAUGUAUCAACGCUUGCGGCGCAAGAAAACCUUGCGUACGCCAAAAUCGGCGCACACGUCCAGAUUUAUCAUCGCGAAACGAGCGUCGGUUCCAGCGCUAAUCAACGCAAAGUCAGGAGGUGGUGUAGAAAUUGGCGUUGAGCUGGAUAUUUGCGUUGACUGUGAUUCGCACUUUGGCGACGCUGUGUGGCGGUGUUUGGUGACUCACUAUGUGACAAGCGUGCACCACAUCCCCGUGGCCGGGCAGCACGUCGCCCCACAUGACGAACCAGCAGCAGACGGAGGGAUGCGAGCUGAUCCCUGCCGGGCCGCCGUCCUCGCGCGGGAGAAUCUCAUCGCCACAGUGUGAAUGGGUAAGAAGUGAAUACACAGUUCAAUGAGCCAAAUUAAUUUAUUUUCUCCACCAGACGCUCGAGGAAAUUUACGAGCCGGUCCAGCCGCUCGUUGAUCCCCGCGAUCCCCCUGAUGAUUUCUUCCUGCGAUUGCAGGACCCCCUCCGCGAGGACCCUUCCACUGCGUCCGGGUGGUCCAGCGGAAGCGCCGCGGCUGGUGGACGCUCCACCGCUUGUCGGCGCGCUGGUGCUGAUGCUGGUGCUGGGGCCGGGGGCCGGGGUGGCCCGAAUGCCGCUGGUCCUGGCCGACGACUCCGAGCCGGCGGACGGGCUGCCGCGGGCCAGGGUUCCGCAAGCCGGCGACACGGCCGACACAUCAAUUUCUGUGACACAAUAAAAAUAUUAGUUCAUUUCAAUUCCUGCUUCUGUGUAUCUGUUGCGUUUACAUCUCUCUCCACUGUAUCAUAGGUAAUGUAAUCCAGUAUUUCGAGGUCAGUUAUGCACAUUACAGUUGUUUAUUGCAUAAAAAGUUAUCGAAAAAUGAAGUUAAGGGCGAAGUAUAAAUCACGUCUAAAAAUAGACUGAAUCCCGACGUUGAAAUGAAGUAUAAACUUAGACUAGACGUCUAAUAUACGUCUUUUGCUCAGUGGGACGACAAAGCAUGUGGACAUUUGUGUGACACGCCACUUACCUUAUAAUAAUAAUCGCCACCACCCGCUGCUCAAACGGUGUGAGGGUCUCCUCCCCCGGACCCCCACCUGUCUGGCCGGUACUCCUCCGGAGGGCAGCUGUACGCCGCUUGACCUCCACCUUGAGGUCCGACCACUUUUUUUUAAUCUCCGCGGGGGUGCGUGUCUCGGAACCCACCGCAUUCACCCUCUCGCAAACUUUCUCCCACUCCAAGCGUUUUUGUUUUGCACUGACGCCACUGGACAGGCUGCCAAACAAAACACGCUGUCGCUCCUCCACCUCGCACGCCGUAAAUGUAGUUUUUCUUGUCAUUUUGUCUGCGUGCGAGGACAGGGAGACCCUAUUUAAAUAAAUCUGCAUAUUUAUAGGAGGGCGUAACGGGGACGGGCCCAGUCACUCCGACAUCUGCGCUCAAUUCCACGCUGAUUGGGAUUUAUCAAGGAAACACACGUGGAUUUCGGCGCCCGCACACAUUGAUACAUACGGAUUUUUUUCAGCGUGACGGACCUUGCGUGCGCUCGUUUCUGGUAUGAGUUCCACGCAAGUGUUGAUACAUGAGGCCCCUGGUGUGCUAGUCUGUCUCCUGGUAUCUCCUCCACACUUUUGACACUGUGCUGGGAGAAUACAAAAAAACAAUCUCUUCAUUUAAGUUUUUGCCAUGUAGAAAGACUGCAAAUAGAAGGUGACAGUUCAUAUCAUUGUAGCACUUCUUUAUGAACAAGAUGGUAUAUUUCUACUUUUUGCUCAAUCGUCUAACUUUUUGGUUAAAGCACUUACUUGUUUUGUUGCUCAGCACCAGUUUGACAAGAGUCCCUGUUGUUUGUGGUUACUUCUACAUAUGUGGGAGUGGCAGAAAUAUCUCAGGGGUUCAGAGAAACAAACUAUUAUGACUAUAAUAGUCAAUUUCUUUUAAAGAAUUGAUUUAUUGGAUUGGAAACAUACAAAUUAGAGCUGGACUGAGCAGAGAUUACCACCAUUUGCAUCAGUAGGAAAUAAACCACAUGGAUUGUGCUUAUUUCCAUUUUGUCCUUAACUUAGAUUAAGUUAACUGUCCCCUCUCUCCUCAGGAAUCCCUAUCAAGACAACCAUGGACAACACCAGCACAGUGCAGUAUGCCGGACUGCUUCACCAGCUGGUGUUGAAGGCUAGGAGCACCGUACGAGACAUCGACCCCCAGAAUGACCUCACCUUUAUGCGAGUGCGCUCCAAGAAGAAUGAGAUCAUGAUCGCACCAGGUGAGAGCGACAGAAAAAACUCUUUUGUGAGAGAUUGAGGGAAAACUAAAAGCAUUUUUGUUCCACCUUCAGGCCACAUCACACCUGGAAAUGAUAAGAAUGGAAGUUUGAAAACAGCGUUAUUCAAAACAAAGUAAAUGUUUCCUGAUCAUGAUAAUUGAUUUUGCUGUCUGCCUCAAUGGAGUUAUUUUUUAAACUGUAUUUAAAAGGCUGUUUUUUGAUCUAAAGUGAAUUAAGUUGCUGUCCAAGUGAACAUGUUGUGACCAGAACAGGAGUUGUAUGUUUUGCUUGAGGAUGCUCUAACUGUCCCCUUAAUGAUAGCUAACAUAAAAUGUCCAACCAACACACACAAUUAAGAACAUAACUAGCUAAUAAAAAGGCAGUCUUAACUAUUCACAGCAAUUUCAAACUAGAAUUUGUUUUAUUUUCAAAAUAAAGAUUUCUUCAAGACCCCCAGACUGUAGCCUGUGCCAAAAUGAAAGUAAAGUUCAGCUGAAUCUGAAGAGUGACUGAGGCAUUUAGGUUUGAUCAGGCUGAGAGAAUCUUACAAAGUACAAGUCUGUGUCAUAUGAGAUUCCCUCUGUCUGGGCUCAGCCGGAAAGUACAAAGAGAGACAUUCAUCUUUACAAGACCACAACCUCUUAAGAUACCAGCGUGAUCAGACUGACUUGGCCUGCUGAAUCCUCACAUCAGCUUCAGUGUUCUGCAAAGAGUCUGUUUGACUAAGAGACAGAGGAGUGGAUUUCUCUCCUCGUGCUGUGAAGUAACUUAAGAAUAGGUUUUCCUUGCGUCCAGAUUGAGCUCAGCAGUGUUGUUUUCGUCAACGCCAGCAUCAAAAAAGGGAAAUAUUUUCAUCAACGAGAACAACACUGGUUGUUUUCGUUGACGAAAAUAUUUCCCUUUUCUUCCACGACGAAGACGUAACGUUGACGAGCUAAACAUAAGUCGGAGAUGACUAAAAUGUGACGAGACGAAAGUGCGUUUACGUUGACGGGACGAGACGAAAAUGACGAACAGAGUUGCAAAACUCAGUCAGUUAAACGCUAAACAUAUAGGAGCAGCUUCAGUCCGCUCUGACAGCUCUCAUCAGCCUGCUGUGCUCCUCCAACACACAGACACACACGCGCGCGCACAAACCUGGAGGCAAUCGCAGCCUCCAGUAACAUUUUUUAAGUAUAUAUCAGUUGUAAGUGCUGAAUUCAAGUCAACUUUAACAGAUGUGGGUGAAGGGUUAGAAAAAAAAUGAUUCUUUACAUCUGUUUGCAUAUUUUUUUAAGAACUGGGUAAUCAAAUAAUAAUUUUAAAAAAACAUCUGAAUGCAUAAUGCAGAUGUACGAAAGCGUAUUGCAUUCACCAAAAAAACUCUAUUCUCUGGGAUCAUGAUCAUUUAAUUCAUUUACAGACGCUUUCAUCCUCCUCUGCUUCAUUUAUUGGAAGCAAACAUGGCCCACUUGUUCAGUUUAAUCAAGUUUUACUUUGUUUAGGGUUUGAGACACUGGGAGAUACUCCUUUCUUCAAGUCAGAUAGAUGGAAUCAUCCUAAGUUCGUCUACUUUGCGCAGGCACCUCAGGAUUUGCAUACCCUAUGUUUAACUAAUAACAUGCUUUAGUCUCAUUGACCCCGUAGUCAAAUUUAUCAAGAGACUGGAGGAUCCGAUGAUUUGGAGCAGCUGCGGUGGUUAACGUUAUGUGAUUGUAUGAGAUUCUCACGUGGUUUCGAAGUAUCUCGUUUAGUCAGGAAAAAAAAUAGUCUGAAAAACAGAAAGACGAAAAAAAAUAGAACAGAGAAAAUAAAAAUUUGUCCAAAAAACAGAAAGAGGGGAAAAAAAUAUUUGUACGAAAAAAAAAGUCAGAAAAGCAGAAAAAAAAAUAUUAAAAAUUGUCUGAAAAACAGCAAAGAAAAACAAUACUGAAGAAAACAGUUUCCUCUUUAUUGUAAGUGAAUGCAAUAUGCUUUUGUACAGAUGUAAACAUUUCCUCGUAUGACCAAUAAGGUGGCGCAUUAAUGUGCACCAACAAAGAGCUUUAGCUGUCUGCCAAAAAGAAGUACUCUGAAGUGGCAUAAAUAGACAGCAAAAUAGCUUUAUCCAGUGUUUGUGAAGCACAGGUGGUGUGAGGAGGAGCCAAACAACUUUUCUUUUACACCUUCAGUUCAACUGUGCGCCCCAAAAGCCGUCAUCUUGAAGCACUUUGAAAUUCUGAAAAGCAGGAAUUAAAGUGUCAAUGACAGCAAAAACAGUCAGUCACUAAACUAGGGAGAAGCAUGUGGCAAUACAGUCAGACUCCUUAGUUGUGGUCCUUUACGCCUGCUGCCACAUGUUAUAAAAUGGGGAUUAGAUGAUGAAGCAGCUGACCCACUUGCAAGCCAACAGAAGCAGCUCACUGAGAGAAGAUUUGGCACUUUUAAAACUGAUGUUCAUGAUUUCUUCUAAGUAAGUUAGACCUCUUUGGGUCACUAUUCAACUGGAUAUUUGAACUUGAUAACCGCUCUUUCAACAGUUUUCAUUCAUUUCAGUAACUACUUCAAAAUAAAAGCACUGUUUUGAAAAAAGCUACUUCAACUUAAUGAAAGCAUGACAAACUGUUUUCUAAUAAGAGCUGGAGAAGUGCCGGUCACAGGGCUGGUAAUAAAUCAUAAAUAUCAUCAUUAUUAUAAGAAACUGAUGAUGUAUCAGGUAAUUAUGUUAUCAUAAUAAUAUUGUCAUCAUGAUAUUUUAUGGUGACAAUAAUUGUGAGGUGAAAGUCUUGAUAUGGAGACAGCCCCACACUCAACAAAAACAAAGUUAUUAGUCAUAACCUAAAUCUUUCACUGAGCUCUGAGUAGGUGUAAAGUCCUCACAGCUUUUUACUGAUUGGCUAAAAUAGACUGAAAAUAGUUUGGAAAUUUUUCUUUAUGGGUUAAUUUGUAAUAACAGUAACUGUAUUUGUAUAGCUCUCAUAAAAAAAACAAGAGUCAACAAAGUGCUUUGGCAAUUCACAUAAAUAAAACAAAGCAAAAAAGACAAAACCUAAAUAGCAAAAAAUGGAACUCAUAAAAAAAUUCAGCCAACGUUGGACCCAGGCUUCAAACACAGAAUCCCAACUACAUAAACAGAGACCUAAGGCCCAGAGAUGAACGAGCAUAGAGAGAGAGAGAGAGAGAGAGAGAGAGAGAGAGAGAGAGAGAGAGAGAGAGAGAGAGAGAGAGAGAGAGAGAGAGCGAGAGAGUGAGAGAGAGAGAGAGAGAGAGAGAGAGAGAGAGAGAGAGAGAGAGAGAGAGAGAGAGAGAGAGAGAGAGAGAGAGAGAGAGAGAGAGAGAGAGAGAGAGAGAGAGAGAUCGGAUCAAGGCAAGUCCAUAAAAAUGUAUGCUCUAACUGAUUUUAAAGAAGUGACUGAUUAUGGGGCUGUAUCUCUUUAGGCAGUCCUGAUGGUACAGACCCAAUCUAAAGUCUCAACUUUUAGAAUGACCAGGAGGCCUCCACCUUAGAGUCCAAGACUGUGGGCUCAUGGGGGGUCAAUAAUUUCGUAAGUUAGCUUGGAGCCAGACCCAUACGUGCUUUAAAAUCAAUUCUGAACUGUACAGAGAGUCAGUGGAGAGAAGCUAAGACUGCGGUGAUGGUUAAACAGACCACAGUUUAUUACACCUGCACUGCAGUUUUCCUCUAUGGAGACACGGACUGGAUUCAGCUUCCUGUCAUGAAGAUCAUAAUGAUGCUUUCUUAAAAGGUGUGCCUGAGGAUAAUCUGAUCAUUAAGAGAGGAUAGCUUUACUUACUGCUGUUUACUAAAAAAAGGAAAACUGUUGAGUGUCAUAAACUCUGAAACUCUGACAGAUUGUGAGUUUUGCUUUUCUAAGCUUUGACAUGUUUUACCUGAAAACUUAAGUUAGAAAAACUGUAUUUGUUGCUUAUUCUGUUUUAAAAAAUGUCUCUAAGUGUUUGACAUUUAAAAAUAAAUUAUUUGUUUCAGGGACUGUUAGGAUUACACGUCUUACCUGCUCGUGAGUUUGUGUUGCCAUGUGUGCUCUAAACUGCUUUGUUUCUUUCUCCACAGAUAAGGACUAUUUCUUGAUCGUCAUCCAGAACCCGUCAGACUGA